AUGUGCGAAAUGUCUGAAAGCGGGGCGAAGACAGCGAUCGCGUGGAUUAACCUCACGUUUAGCAUCAGAUCCAAUGCUGUGACACGACGUGAGACAAUCGUAUUGAAUGGUGUGAACGGAAGGGCAGAGUUGGGCCAAUUGACGGCAGUUAUGGGUCCGUCGGGUGCGGGACUCACAUCACUGUUGAUGUGUUUCAAUGGUUUGAAUAAUUGGGGGUUAAGUCCGGAGUCGGAGAUCCGGUUGAGUCUUACGGACAAAAUUAGGUCCACUUUUAUCGCACACAACGAGAAGGAGUUUUUGAUUAUGGGUUUGACUGCAAAGCAAAACAUGAUUUACGCCUCAAAACUCAAAAACUCUUCGCACAAGUCAUCCAUCGAUCACGCGAUGAAUGUGUCGACCAUUAUGUCUGAUCUCAUGAUAUCUGACAUUAAGGACACGAAGACCGAGAGGUGUAGUGGAGGCGAACAGAAGAGACUGGCCAUUGGGUUGGAGUUGACGGCACUUCACAAACCAAACCUCUUGUUAUGCGACGAACCGACCACUGGUUUGGACAGUAAUAUCGCCGAAGCGGUGCCAAUCGAGACACUCAUUACAAUCGCAUCCAAAGGUAUGGGCGAUGAAAGUGUCCGUCAAUUGAAAGCCAAAACCGUCGCGGAGUUUAGCGAAACGGUCGACGCGAUCGAUAGGCACACAAAAGUCAAACUCAUUGCACAUAAAAACAAAAAGUUUUUGCUAAAAGACGUGUGGAUUCUGUCGAUGAGAUCGUUAACAGAAAUAUUUGCCUAUCAGUGGAGGAUAUUAGCGCUGAACCAAACCAUUGUGUUAUUGAUAGCGAUAUUUACGACCAUAUGUUUUGACUCAGACGUCGGCCAACAGAGCGAUUGCAUUGACUUUAGCGUACAGUCAAACCAGACGUGUAUUGACCGCUUGGACGCCGACAAUCGGGUCUUUCAAAACACUAUGCUAUUAGGCUUUACCCUAUGGACGUGUCAGGCCAUACAGGCUGUGCUGGUCAUCCAUGAAUCGUAUAGUAGUGGCACAUAUUUAUUGACCCAGAAUGUGAUGGACUUUGUACCAUGCACAGUUUCUGGCGCACUCAGCGGUAUAAUCGUGUUUUAUUUAAGCAACCAAUUGGACGAACCGAAGAGAUUCUGGCCGUUUGUCUUGUUUUACGUGUUGGCAAUACAUCUGAUAUACAGCACAAUUGCGUUGAUUGUGACGCUGGUGUCCAGCAAACAUCUAUGUUAUGUGUGCGGCAUUGCCAACGCUGUAUUGUCUAUACUAUUCAACAAUGUAUUUAUCAGGAUCAAUGAUCUCCCUCUUAUGUUCAGGGCUUUGUCCCCAUUAACCACAUUGAGGUUCGCUAUGAACGGCCAGUAUGUGGCCAUCUAUGGUCAGGACAGGUGUCCCAAACACAUGACAUCGAGAGUACUGUUUGACAAUGAUAUCGAUGACGACAAUAUACUAAUUGAUUACACGCUGUAUAUGUUUUUGCAAAUAUUUUUCUUUAAAUUAAUCACGUUUUUGAUAUUGAUUUACGCCAACAAUCCUAAUAUGAUGUGGCAUUUGAGAAAUCAAUUGUGGCUUAAGUUUGUGACAAACGAACCAAAUGUGACAAAUGUUUGCAAACGCAAGUCAUUUACCGGUGAAACCGAUUCCGUAUACUAUGAAUGCGCUGAAAAUGAAUUGGAUUUUCGCAAACAUAUUGUUAAUUACGACAAACCAUACAUUGAAUACGAGAGACAGGAUUUAUUUGAUGUCAAUUUGGGUGCAAAACAACAGCGACUGAGUAUUGCGUGGAUUGACAUGACUUUGAAAGUCAAUGAAACUUUGUUUUCGACCGAAAAGUUAAUAUUGAAAGGAAUUAAUGGAUUCGUUGAGUUCGGGUCUAUGUGUGCACUAAUGGGUCCGUCGGGUGCGGGAAAGACAUCACUCUUGCGGUCAUUGAAUGGCAUGAAUAGGGAUCUAAUGACCAAAGACUCGAAGAUAUAUUUGUCGAGAGACCGAAGGAUUAGGACUUGUUUUAUAGCUCAGGACCAAAGGGAACACAUAAUGAAUGGUUUAACUGUAAAACAAACACUGGUUUAUGCGUCUAAACUGAAGAAUGGAUCCAAUAGUGGUGUCGAUCACGAGAUAAAUGUUUUGAAACUUAUGGAUGAGUUGGACAUAAAGGACAUAGAGUUAGCUGACGUCCAAAAAUGCAGUUUUGGUCAACAAAAACGGAUUGUAAUGGCAAUGGAAAUGACGGCUAAAAUCAAACCAAAUCUCAUAUGUGUUGACGAACCGACUUCUGGUGUCGACAGCUAUUCAGCGCUUUUGAUGAUACAGUGCUUUAAAAGAUUGUCUCAAAGACAUAACCUGUCAAUCAUAACAUCCAUACAUCAGCCAAACCUCGAGAUAAUUAUGUUAUACGAUAUGUUGUAUAUCUUAGCGAAAGGCGGUCUCACCGUAUACUCGGGUCGACCGCAAAGUCUGCGCACAUUUUUAACCAAUUGUCACAUUGUUUUGCAAGAAAAUCAAAUACCGAUUGAAGUGUUGAUGAAAAUAUGUGCCAAUGGUGUCAACGAUAGGACAGUCACUGAAUUGUCAAACAAGACCAACGAAGACAUGAGUGAAUACAUAAGUAGAUUAGAUCGGGAACUGAAAUACUAUGCGAACGGUAUUCCCAUCGAAACCAAAGUGUUUUCAACGCAAGAAUUCCAAGACUUGGACCGACCGGACGGCUGUCUGCGGCUCAUCACCGGCGAUGUGAACACUUCCUGUCACACGUCAAAGAACCAGUUGUACGACAAUAAUAUAAUUCAGUAUAACAUUCACUACAAUAUGUUUAUAAUCCUCUCGUAUUUGGCCAUUCAAAUGAUCAGCACUUCACUCACAUUCACAUCCGAUUAUCAGAUAUUUCUCAAUGAAUACAGAAAUUACUGGUACAGCACGGAAUCGUAUUUUGUGGUCAAGUCGCUGAUCGAUACCAUACCGUGCGUUAUAACCAUCAUAUGUCUGGCCUUAAUCACAGACAUCUACGAAAGGGACAGUUUAUUACCGGUGUAUUUGUUUGUCUACUUCUUCUCCGCCUUAAACGGCCAAUCGUUGGGCCAUAUAUUGGGCAUAUGUUUUGGCAAAACGGCUACUUUAAUGUCCAUGUUCAUAUUUCCCAUACAGCUGAUUUUGGGCAACUUUUUCACCCCGAUCAAACGCUUCGCCCGACCCUUUCAGCUCCUGUCACACAUUAUAAUCACGCGACAAUGCAACUUCUCCAUAAGGAACGGCCAGAUGCACGCCAAAAGUGUUCCCUAUAGAGAGGAUUCCUCCAAGGGAGGUUCUGUUAAAGCUAUAGAAAAUCUAAAAUAUGCUUAA